CCAAGCUCCGUCCACCUCAGGAAGCCUCAUUUACUUGAUUCCAUCACCCGACAUUGUUCUACACUUUGAAGCAACACAUAUUUUCGUGUGUGUCCUCUCUGCUCUGAUCUGUUUUGAGUCUGUUGUGUCUGUGUUUGUGUUUUUAAUCUGGUGUACAAGGCUUUGUUUUGAUCUGCCCAGCCCCUGAUUGUUUCCAGGGCAGGUUUCCAGGGUUUGGAGCGGCUGAGGUAAAUGUUUUGAGCCCAGUGGCCCUACAGACAGGCUCUCCGACCCCGGCCUCAUGAUGGCUGCUACUCACUACUGCCACCUAUCGGCCAGACCCCUCCAUGUCUCACCAGAGCCCCACCCCUCACAGUUUUGUUUGUUUGUGUAUUUGUUUUUUUUCUGAAUGCCUUUCUUCAUAACCAGUGUGGAGCUCUUGCUUUAUAUACAUUGUAUACAUUGUGUAGUGUAUUUUUGUUAUCGUUGUGUGAUGUGUCUUCGUAGCCUCCAUUCUUUAACAUCCUCUCAUCCGUUCUUUGACAUUUCUGUGAUGAGUCCUAGCCUCCACAGCCUGAAGUUGCAGAUUCUGGAACAGCACACGGAUCAGUUGCAGGGCUUUGCCUGGAAGGAAGACGGCUCUCUCCUGGCUUCUUCCUGCAAGGACAAAAACCUGCGCAUCUUCGAUCCGCGAGCCCAGCUGAGCGCAGUGCAGUGUGCUCAAGGCCUUCAGACCAACAGGGACUCCCGCGUACUCUGGGUCAAAGAUGACUACAUCCUCACUACUGGAUUCAACCAGCACCGUCAACAGGAGGUGAAGCUGUGGGACACCAGGAGUCUGAACUCCUCUCUGAGCUCUGUGUCUUUAGGGACCUCAAAUGGGACGUUAAUGCCGUUGUACGACCCUGAUUCUGGUCUUCUCGUAGUGUCAGGAAAGGGCGACAGUGUUAUUGACUGCUUCGAGGUGACUACAAGUGACCCCUUCCUUUCCCAAGUCAGUCACUGCCUGAGUGAUGCCCCCACGCGCGGUGUUGCCAUGGUACCCAAGCUGGCGCUUGACAUCGGGGUUUGUGAAGUGUUGCGCGUGAUGCAGCUCACAGAAAACUUCAUUAUCCCCAUCAGCUACCACGUACCCCGCAAGGGAGGGCAGGACUUCCAUGCUGACCUGUACCCAGACACACUGGGCCACAUGGCAGCCAUGACAGCAGAUGAGUGGUGGGCAGGAGCGAACAAGCAGGUGCAGAGAGUGAGCCUCCACCCAGACAAGAGGCCAAGGGGCAGAGCUCAGAGAGCCAGUCAGGUUCCAGCGAAGGAGCUGCCUCGUGGGCGAAGCAAAGAGGAACCCUCCAGCUCCAGCAGUCCCCUGAGCACUCCCAGUAGCAGUGCUGCUCCAUCCCGCUCCCCCUCCUCCACCAGCGGCCUGUCCUCUGGCUUCCUGCCCAGCCCUAGCCAGGGCUCCCGCGCAAUCCACACCAUGCUGGGCCCAAGCUCCAAGUUCCGACACAUCCAGGGGACUGUUCUUCACCGUGACACCCAUAUCACCAACCUGCGUGGGAUGAGUCUGACCACACCUGGCGAGUGUGAUGGCUUCUGUGCCAACGGGCAGCGCAUGGCUGUGCCCCUGGCCAUCUCUGGAGGGCAGAUCGCUGUGCUCGAGUUAUCGCAGCCUGGGAAACUUCCAGACACUGCCCUGCCUACCAUUCAAAACUCAGUCAAUGUGGCCGACUUCUGCUGGGACCCAUUUGACUCCUCGAAGUUGGUUGUUGCUGGUGAUGAUGCCAAGAUCCGUAUGUGGAAAAUUCCAGAAGGUGGCCUGGUGGAGACACUGACAGAGCCAGCGUGCAUUCUGCAGGGACACACUGAGAAGAUCUACUCCAUCAAGUUCCACCCCCACGCCUCAGGUCUGCUGGCAUCCUCGUCCUAUGACAUGACGGUGCGGCUGUGGGACCUGGAGAAUGGGGUGGAGGUCAAGAAGCUGCAUGGACACCAAGACCAGAUAUUUGGGAUGGCUUGGAGUCCCAAUGGCAAGUUGUUAGCCACCGUGUGCAAAGAUGGGAAAGUGCGUCUGUAUGACCCACGCAAGUCUGCUGAACCUAUCCAGGAGGGCCCAGGCCCAGAGGGACACAGAGGAGGUCGUAUAGUCUGGGUGUGCGACGGCCAGUAUCUGCUGGUGUCAGGGUUCGACUGUCGCAGUGAGAGACAGCUGUACCUGUUCUCUGCCACGUCCUUGGCCUCUGGAGCAGUGGCUUCCGCCCCAGCUGAUGUGGCCCCCUCUACCCUCAUCCCGUUCUACGACCCAGACACCAGCCUCGCUAUCCUCACUGGGAAGGGUGACACACGCGUGUACAUUUUUGAGAUCACACCCGAGGUGCCCCACUUCAUAGAGUGCAGCAGCUUCCACGCCUCAGAACCACACAAGGGCUUGUGCUUCCUGCCGAAAACACAGUGCAAUGUGCGCGACGUAGAGGUGGCCAGAGCUGUCCGGCUUGGCAAGACCACCAUUGAGCCUGUCGCCUUCAAAGUGCCCCGCGUCAGAAAAGAGUUCUUCCAGGAUGACGUGUUCCCCGACACAGCGGUGUGGUGGGAGCCAGCUCUGAGCGCUGCUGCCUGGCUCUCGGGAUCUGAUGGCCAGCACCGCAAGAUCAGCCUGCGGCCAACAGACAUGACCCUCGUGAGUGAGGCUCCUAAGGAAGCUCCAGUAAGGAAGUAUCUGCCAUCCUCUGUCUACCUUGAGGAGAAGACGGACGAACAGAAAAAAGAGGAGCUUUUGAGUGCUAUGGUUGCUAAGCUGGGGAACAGGGAAGACCCACUGCCACAGGAGUUAUUCGAGGGUGUGGAUGAAGAGGAAUGGGACGACUAAUGGAAACCUUCACUUCAUGGACCAGCCAAGGUACCGGCAGCAGGGAGAUAAAGGAAGCUCUUACCGUACUUGUGAAAUUUGCCAUUUUUGAGUGCCAAACUGAGGUCCACACACACCAGUCCCACCAAACCUCUCAGCCAUUAAUCUAAUUUUAAACCUCCUGUGUGGCCAGAUUCAGUCUAUGAUCUCAGCAAUACUGUUCAACUCUUCAAUGGUUAAAUGUGCAUUUGUUAGGUGCUUAGUGAUUAUGUGACCAGUUACAUCCAAAACAGCAAAUAUGUGAGACUGCAUGACUGGACAAACACCACACUGCUCUUUACCACAGUGGUCAUGGUGACAAAACUCUUGUGUUCAUUUUUAUCUCUUGAUCAAGCAUGACUUUUAUACUGUAAUCUUAAUCUGGCUGUUGUAAAAUAAUUGCAUUCUUCCACAUACGUUAUACACAAAUACAGUACUUGCUUUUAUUGUUUUCUAGAUGGAGCUCAGUCAAACUGUUCAGCUGUUGAACUGUAUGCUUCAGGUUUAUAUUGCAUAGCUGUGUUAAUAAUUUUGCAUUUGGCAGAUGCUCUGAUACAGAGCAACUUACAGUUUUAAUCAUGUCAGUCAUGGCAAAAUGUGUUAAGAAUCUUAUCCAAGGACUCUUAUUGGUGUAGCAUUGUGCACUUGCCCAGAGAGGGGAUUGAACUGCCAUCUUCCACAGGGGUGUCAGCAUUGUUACCUAAUACACCACACCAACCAACUACGCCAUGCACGUUCAAACAUACACAAUGUCGAGAAGGUGCACAGGUGAUUGAGACCUCCAUUUCAGGAUACUUAUACAACUGGAAUUUCUAUACCCUAAAGUCAUGUCUUACUAAUGUCUAGAAAAUAGCCCACUUUUAUUAAACAAAAUGUGUUCCUUUGAGUGCAUGUUCCUCAGUCAACUUCAGCAACAGUAUUAACAGCAAUUUUAACUACUAAGAUCAGCGUCUCAGUCAGGUCUUUUACUUAAGGCAAUAUUAACAGCAGUCUUUCCUUAAUCAUGUUUGCAUAUGACAAAAAUAACCAUGCAUGUUAUAGCACUUUCAAAUGUGUUAUACUAAUAAUAUACUAUGCUUUGACUGUAAGUAUUACUGAAUGUGAUUCUGGAUGUGUUGAGGACCAGUAUGUGUUCAGUUUUAUCCAACAUUAUUUGGGAUGUCUUGAAACUUGAUUAUUACUUUUUAUACUUCAGGGGCAAUAACAUUUGCUUUACCUUCUAUUUUUAACCUAAUCUGUCAUGGGGAACGUUGCCUUGCAAUAAAACAAUUUUGCAAGUUUUG